GUCAAAAUUUACUCACCUUUACUGUUCAUUUCUGUGUUGAGUUGAGUGGCUAAUUAAUGUGGUGAGGAAGUGGCGGAGCGUGCGGUUGACGCUCCACCGAGGAGAGUUCCUAAGUGAUUUUUCUCCAUUGGAUCCUUGACUAUUUGCUUUGAGUUAACCACUAUAAAUGGCGGCUCGUGUGUUCUAGCACAAAGUUUUGUUCUCAACACACCACGCAUCCAUUGACACAGACACGCACAGGCGCCCUCUCUCUUUUUCCCUGGAGCAUGUAGAGCACCAAAAACGCAGAGAUGGGUAGGAGAACAAGGAAAGACUCCAAAUCUUACACGCUUCCUUCGUCUCCAUCUCAUUCCUUCUCGUCAUCUUCUUCUUCCGACUUCGAGUUCACCAUCUCCAUUUCCCCUCGCAAAUCCUCCGCAGCCCUCUGUCCCGCCGAUGAGCUCUUCUACAAGGGCCAGCUCUUGCCUCUCCACCUCUCCCCCCGCAUAUCCAUGGUCCGUACCCUUCUCCUCUCCUCCUCCAGCACUUCUUCCUCCUCCACCGACACCACCGCUACCAACGGCGGCGCCCGUGACUCCACCGGCAGCUCCGCUGACUCCCAGUCUUCCUUCAUCUCCGACCUCGCCAUCUUCCCGGACUGCGACUCAUCCCGUCCCAGUUCGGUGACAGAGGACGACGAGUUCAAGCGUCUUCAUAACCCCUCUUCCUCCGUUAAUCAGCAAAGCCAUGUCAAGAAGUCCAAGUACUUCUCUUUAUCGAGAUUCUCCUCUGUCUUCCGCAAAGACUCGGGUAAGAACCGUGACCCGGAUUCCGUGUCCGGGUCGUCGGUCAAGCGGAUGAGCACGACCGCAAGAGAGGUCAUAAGGAAGUACUUGAAGAAGGUGAAGCCGUUGUACGAGAAGCUGUCCCAGAAGCAGCAGCAGCAGCAGCAGCAGAGGACGGUACUGUCGUCAGGGUUGGCGAAAACAGAGAGAUCGGCGAAAGAAACGGAGAGGAAAGAAACGGGGGGUGGAGGUCUGCUUGCUCAUUCCUUCUCGGGGAAUCUGAGGUACCCGCGGAGGAAACGCUGCGCUUCCAGCUGUCCUUCGUCUAUGAGAUCAUCACCCAGCCACUCCGGCGUGCUUUCUCGAAGGGGAUGGCCGACCAGUGGAGCAGGCAGGGCGGGCGGGGAAGGAGGAGCAAUGUAUUGCGGAGACACGGCUUCCAUGGAAGAGUUGCAGAACGCAAUCCAAGGCGCAAUCGCUCAUUGCAAGAACUCCUUGAAUCAGAACAAGGCAAUGUGGGAAAUUGACGUGAAAGGAGGCUAGCUAAAAGCUGCAUGUGACUGUACUAUCAAUAACUUUUCUGAUCUGUAACGAUAACUUGGCAGCAUCUGAAUCAAAGUUUUCAGGGAAAUGAUUCGUGAGCGUUUAGACGAAUACUAGUAGCUAGCAUUUAAAUGAUUCUGGAUUCUAGCAGAGUUGGUUGAAAUCCAAUGGAACGGGAUAUGUGAAAUUGUAAACAGCCAGGAUGAUGCAUGUGCGUGAGAUGGAAGGAAAAUUCAUGGGAUGUGUUUGAUGAUGGGGGAUAAGACGGUGUUUUAUUUAAAUGUGCAUUUAUUGUGAGGAAGCAGCGGAUGGGAAGGUUCAUUUGAAAUGCAGAAGUGCUAGCUCAGCCUUGAAUUUGAUUUCUGCCCAUAUUGUUCUCGUUGGCGUUGAAUUCCAAUUGAAUCCAUUAUGCUACUUGUAGCCUUUAUUGUCACUUCCUCACGUCUCUGUUCCAUUCAUGUCCACGACGUGGCCAGAAAUUUUGUGAUGAACUAAUGAUUAAACAAUAGAUUACCAGUUUUUUUUCUUU